UUCGCUAGGUCGCACGUCUCCCCCUUUCGCGUGGUGGCUCUUCCCAUGGCGGUCAACCUCUGUCGCGCUCAUCCCCAUUCAUGUACACUGAUGGGAUCCUGCUUCCCACUGCGCAAGGGCGCCGGUACGGUAGCCUCCCACAACCUGGCUUAGAUUUCGGACGGCACCACAACUUCGGCUGGGGGCCUCAAGCAUCGGCGGUGACAACGGCAGCGAACCAUCGCUUGUCGGUUGGAUUCCACUUGCCGGUGAUUGAGGAAAUAAAUCGCCAUGCCACUCUUCAGCGGCUACUACUUGCAGGUCUGUUACCACUCCGUGCUCUUCCAUUCCUCUGCCCGCGUUAUUGAUGCUAUUCUUUCUCCUCCCAAAAUGAUGCAGGUGAUCUAGGUUGACUGACUCAUGUGUGCUUCCAAGCUAGGAUUAGCAGUUCCAGUAUAAUUUUUGCCUUUGGAUUGUAAGUAAACUCCGUUUGGAUGAGCAUCCUUUUCCAUUGACUAAUAAUAGCCAAUCCAGAUUUGUUUGAUCUGUUUGCAUUUUCUGGUAUAUAUUUUACAUAUAGAGGUUCUCGGUGUACGUAUAGGACCAGUAAUAUAAUAGUUCUAGAAAUUCUGUAGCCGUCUGCUAUUGCAAGAUAAUGGAUUCAGGAGAGCCAAUUCUAAUUGGGAUAAUUAAAAUAGGCAGAAGGCAUUACUAAUCUUGACAUGAAGAAUCACAUUAUUCUGAUAUGUCCAUGAUAUUUUAGUGCUCACUUUAUUUUACUGAUGUUCCAAUUUUAGCAGUAUGCAGUAAUAUCAUAUACUCUAGACCAAAUUUGAAUUUACCACAUGACAUGUGCUUUGCAGGAUAAAUCGGAGAACAUCUUUGAUGCUCCUUUGAUAGAAUAUAAUGAGAACAACAUGAUAUCUGUAUGUGCAUCUGCUUUUGUCCGUGCCAUGGUAGGCGGCGCUGGAUCAUCUAUGUUGAGGAUGGCUUCACCGACUUGUGCAUCGUCUGAGCUCUGUUUCCCUUUCCUAGGGUUUAACAAAAUCGCAUUUGUUAUUCGUCAAGAGGAGGCCCACAUGCAGCAAGGAGCAAGGUGUACGAAAAAAAAUUGGAACCAAGAUACUCAUCUGGAGUUUAGUGUUUUAUUGCAUCAACAUAACAAUUCGCUGUCUUAUUGCAGGGAUACUGGCUACUUCCCCUUUCUUCCUCUGCCAUCUUCCCAGCAACCAUGGUUCCCAUACCACUGCUCAUUGCAAGGUUCCGUCUGCCUUCCCUCUCACUCUCACAGGAACGCUCACUGGCAGCACACAGGCCUUUCCUGACAGUGCCAUGGCACCUCUCUGUAGGUGAGCGACACUGCCAUUUCCUUCCAAGUGUGCCAUAUUUUCUUUUUUAAGUUAUUACAUGCUGAUUUACAGGUUGGUUUAGUCUAUUGUAUCAUGCCUCUAAUUCUGCUCCAUGCUCAAGUCAACAUGACACUUCUUCCCCCAAAUUUUUUCUCGAAUUAUUCUAUGUUAGUUCGGUUUGUCCUAUCAGGCCGAAUGAGCUGUCCACAUCUCCAUGUACAAAGGGUUAGUAUACAUCUACAUAAUCAGAUGCUGGAGGAAAUGUAGCAUAAUAUAUCUAAUCAUAUUAUAUGCUUUACUUACAAUGGUGCCUGCUCAGUGUAGCCAUUUACUCAUGAAAUGUAACGUUUCUUUUUACAGAAAAUAGACAAGAUGGGGACAACAAAUUUUCUUUCUCCCAAUUCUGGCACCCCCAUCAAUUGCUUAAUUUUUCAUUACAAUUUUAAUGUCAAUAUUUUUCCUUAAGAAAUUUUGCUAACCGUGGCUUCAUUGCUAAUCAGUUUAUGGUUCAUGUACUUGCCCAAAACAUAAUGUUUAGUUGUAGUUGAGCAAACACAACUAGAUCGUGUUAAUGCAUAAGUGAAAUCAACAGUCUUGAGGAACCUAAAAUCUAAGGUAUAUAUGCACUGCGAUAUGUUUUACUAUCCUCCUGUUAAAUUCCAAGGUCUUUAUCUUGAGGAUCAUUGUAUAUUGGUAUUUUGUUGCUCUUUCACUAGAAGAUGAUGCCAACUUGUUUUCUAAUUUGUAUAUGAUAAAACUGCAACAUGUCAUAAAAAGCAGGUUUGGAAGAAUGGUAUUUUUUAAAGCAAGUUUGGAAGAAUGGUAUUUAUCUAAAUUACGGACAACAAAUGCCAGAAUGGAAUAAAAAGUAAAUAUUCAUUAACACUUGAACACAUUUGUUGGAAUAUAGUGGUUGCUGUAUGAUCUUGAAGCAUGUAUUGCAUUGUAACAAUACAAGGCACGUGCUACUGUUUGACAUGUGAUCUUACAUUGGUAUUAUUAUCCCUGAUUUUCUUUUAGCGACUACUAUAUGAUCUUUGAAGUAUCUAAUCCAACGUUUAUGGAGCAUCAAGUGGCUGGGUUGAGAAGAGAAGUUAUUUGUUGGACCUACAAGGCGCAGAAAUCUAGCUGGCAACAGAAUUAUUUAUAUUUACGAAUGCAGUAAUAUGCAAUACAUAGUGUGUUUUUUAGAAUUACUUAUGUGUCAUGUUGGAAACAAUGUUGCUGGUGCCUUUACGUGUUACUACUGCUUUAUUGUUCAUGUAUAAUGCCUUCACAUAUUUGUGCCAAGCUAACAUUCAAUAUAUAUUACAAACAGACGGGCGGAGCAACGCGCGUCAACGAUG